UGCUGAAACCCAACCCAUCUAUCCGAUGUCCGCGCUCAUUCUCGAUGCGGACGCCAUGUAGUGCAUAUCAUGCGGACACGAUCAAGUGAACAGAAGUGCUGGUGACACACAGUCGUAAGAGAUCUCCCUUCCGAACGACAUACGCGAGUUGUCUACUAGAUUCAGGAACUUGCAUGCUACUCCUCGAAAGCCCAGAAGGAAUUCACGUUCCUGAGUGCUCCAGUUGGUGGACCUAAUGUGGACCAGGAUGUACAUCGCAUGAUGUGAAUCGUUGAUUACGAGUGAAAAGUGAACAGUGGAGAUAGGUCGAAUGGAUUAGUCAAGUGCGUGUAGUUUGAGUUCCCACAGAAUGAUCCUUUUGUUCACACGUCUAAGAUAUUCCUAAUGUCUUCUUCCAGAAAACCAGCAAAUGUUAAUAGUGUUUGGUGUGCAUCUUUGAUAGUUUAGAACACCAAACAGAUUGAUUUUGACAACCUUUAUGUGACUGUUGAACGAUGUGCUAAGAAAGUUUAGAAGUAAGCCCCCAGUCAUCAAUCGUCUGGCCGCUGAAUUAAUAUUAAUCGAUCGAAUGUCUACACGCGUAUGACGUUUCCAACAUGAAUGAUUUCGAGUGGAUGACACAGUUUCGUUAUUAUUGUUGGUGACGUUAUUGUUGUCCAGAACAAGUUCGCGGUUGGAAUCUGGAUCAUGAGUGCUUGCUACAUGCGCAACAUGUAGAUCAACGUUCUGAUAAAAUACGAGAAUGUGUGCCAAUUGAUAGUAUCGCGUAAAAAGUAUCGAUGAGUAAAACCGAUUGAAUUGUUGCAACUUAAGUGCCUUUAUCUAGUGAGAUUUCUUGCCUUGCAUCGGAAGUGUUAUUCUAUACGUAAAGACAUUUGAAAAUCGAAUGGACCCUGCACGAACUCAAAAGAUCUUCGUCUUUAUCUUCAUGGAAAAGAUUACAUUGCACUAUCUUCAGCAGAAGUCAUCUUGAUAUUCGCUAAGACAAAAUUGCGUAACUUCGAUGAUAAUUUACGCAUCCUUCAAGAUUCACGCUGAUCCAUAAAUUGGACGAACAACCUGUAAGAGUAAGAAAACACUCGUUAAAACGACGACACGAUGGCGAUGGGGGUAACGGUGUUUUGCAACAGGGUACAGAUAAACGGCAACGAUCAGGAGCAAUUGAUGCUGCUGCGAACGUUGCAAGAUAACGAGAACAACAUUAUCGGCAAUCAGCCGCUGAUAGUCCCGAAAAACAGCAGCAACAGCAGUAACGCAACAAAUUCUGCGACGGUGUUACCUCCUUACGAUCCCUCGAGAUUAAAAAAGCACGGUAAAAAUGGUCAGCCGCCGCCAGUUGCCGUUGCUCGAAGGAACGCCAGGGAGAGGAAUCGCGUGAAGCAGGUAAAUAACGGAUUUGCCACGUUACGACAGCACAUUCCGAGCCACAUCGCCGCGGGUUACGGAGAUAGGGGUAAGAAGCUGUCGAAGGUGGAGACCCUCAGAAUGGCGGUCGAGUACAUCAGAGGUCUUCAGAGGCUCCUGGCGGAAGCUGACGGUGUCGAAUACGAUUCCAAGACCGUAAUCGCCGCACAAUGCGCUCCUUCGCCAACUAACAGCGUCAUCUCCUCGAGCCACAAUGGUUCCGGCGAGAGGCUUGUUCUCGAGGACGAUGCACUAGCUGCGGAAGACGAGGAAGGGGAACAACUGGACGAGGAAGAGGAAGGGAAUAAUGCGAAAUCGAAAAUCACGUUGUCGAGAUUAUCCCCUAAUCGGACAACUAUAUCAUCCCCGCAUGAUUAUUACGCAUCGUCAGUGGGAGACGAAGAAAAUCUAGAGCCGCGUACCAUGGUCGGUGGACAGAACUUCUCGAGACUUUCACCGAAUUCCGUGACGUCGCCGCCAUCAGAGUACUAUGCUCAAAACGAAGAGAAUCUGGAACCACAAAUUUUGUCACCUUAUAGCGGCACCGGGGACAGCGAAGAAGGUGCGACUACUGUCUACGCUACCAGUCCAGAGACUUUUUCCGGGGCUCUUUAUUACAAACAGGAGAUCACCGAGACGGGGGAAUUCAUGGACGUCGUCAGCUGGUGGGAACAGGAACAAGGCAGAUUCGUUCACCAACAGCACACACAACGGCUGACGCACGUGUAAUUCUAGUUACAGAUUCCAGUUAGAGAAGGUCUACCCACAACAAUUCGUAGUCCAAUGUAUACUAUAAGGCUUCGAUGGAAUUUCAAAUGAUCUCACCAAGAAUUUAAAAAUGAAGACUUACUUUCGAAAAUAUAAUGACGAAAAUGUGUAUCUACAGGGUGUCCUAGAUCUAACGCAUUAUCUGUUAAUAGCAUAUUUCUGAGAUCAUUAGAGAUAAAAUUCCUAAUACCAAACGUAUUGAAACUAUAAUAAUUUUCAAAUCGGAAUUUUGAACAAUUACAUUAUUUACACUUCGCACACUGACACGAUAUAACGCAUAGUAGCGAAGGUGUCAUAGAACAAAUGACAUUCUUGAUAUGGAAAACAGUUAAAAUUGAUAUUAAUAAUUAAAGUUUUGGAAAGACUUUCAUUAUAUGUGAUUUACUGUCUCUAAACAUUUCCCACUUAAAAACUAUCAUAGUUUCGAGAUUUUGGUGUCAGGAAUUUUCUCUCCAAAGAAUCUCACAAUUAUGCUUUUAGCAGGUGUUACGUGAGAUCUGAGAAACUAUGUACAUAUAUGCAUAUAAUAAUUAAUCAAGCAAUAAUCAAUCUUAAGAAUUGUACUUACCAUCACUGCUAUUUGGACGCCGAGCAAACCGACUUAUUGUUUUGUCUUUCAGAUUAUCAAUGAAGUGAAGCUCAUAAAUGUUAUAUCCUUACUUAAUAAGGAUAAUAUAUUUAUUUAAAAAAUAUUGAAUCUUGACAUCACAUCGUAUUAUCCUUAGAAAAAAUAUUAAUUAUUUGUAUUAUACUUUAUAAAAUUCCAUUUUAGAUUAUAUAUCAUGUACCCGUAAAUAGCUUAAUUAUACAAAUUGGAAUUAAUAACAAUAUUUAUAGACAAUCUCUGUAUCACAUUGUACCAAUCAGUUAUUUUAAAGACAACUGAAAGGGAUAAUUUAAUAAUUUCUCUUUAGCAAUGACGAGUCGCGCUUCCGAAAAGUAUUUAUUAAUAUCUAUAUCAAAUCGAGUAAUUAAGUUAAUAAUAAUAUCACGGGAUUAAUUAUAUUUAUAUAAAACUGUUUGUCACACACGAGACUAUAAAAUUAUGGUAGUUACGAUGAAUAUUUAUAAUUUUUUAUAUAAUACAAAAUGGAAUUCUUGUUGUACAAAUAUCAUCUAUCGUUGACAUAAUAUUUUAUUCAAUUUUUAUAGCGUCUAAGGUUCAAUAAUUAAAACGUGAAGCUCUUAUAUUUAAAAAGAUCUUUAAAAAGAUAUGUUUGUAACAUAUUUAUUAUGCGGUGUGUUUAAUUUAAUAUGUUAUGUAUAUCCAAGGUAAUAUUAACACAUUCACCGCCAUGGUUAUCAAUGAUCGAAUGCAAUAAAAUAAAGCAGUAUAUUUAAAAAUAUACUGCUUAAAAGACAAAAUAUGACAUAGAAAAAUUGACAAAGAUUGGCUGUAAUGAAAUUUAAAUUAUUUUUAUUAAAAAAGAUUAUAUUAUAACAUGUAAUUACUUAUAUUUGCAAGAUGAUAAUUAUUUAAUAGCAACAGAAAAGCAUAACGGACACUGUGUAUGUGUAAGCUACACAUAAUCUUUAUUUAUUAAAAUUAUGGAAAAGGAUUGUAUGGAUGGUAAAUUGUAAUAAUGCAGAUGAUAUGAGCAAAAAGUCAAUUAAAACAUGCGUGGCGAUGAAUCUGUUAAAACGAAACGACUAUAUACAUAUAUAUACAUAGGGGUGUAUCAAAAAGUAAGAUCAAUCGCCAAAGAGAUAACAUAAAAAGAAAAUUAUGUAAAUAAUAUUAUAUAAUGAACUUUUUUUCUCAAUAUUAAUUUAAUAUUAAUUUAAUAAAUACAAUAUUUAUCUUUCUAUUAUGCCAAGACUAAUGCAGAGAAAAAAUAUAUAUGCAUUAUUUUUAUUGUAGAUGAUACAUAUAAGUCUAUCUAUCGGAAUGAUAAUUUCCUUUUAUUCAUAUGUGAUUCAUAUUUGAUCCUACUUUCUUAUACACCCUUUAUAGAAAUGUGUGCAUAUAUUUAAUGCUGCGAGAUACAAUCAAAACAGUUGUAAAUGAAAGUGCCUUAAUCGACCGAAGAAAUACAAAUCGUAUUAAUAUUUACGAUUAUAUUUUGUAUUAGAAAUUUUUGAUGAAAUAUUUAACAACACAAAUAAUGUAAAUUGCUAUUACAUUUUUAAACACGAAAAUGUACUACCUAUUUACGGUACUACGACUUAUUUAAUAAUAAAAGUAAUUACUUAAAUAGACAUAAUAUUGCGGCAAUCAAAUGACAAAGUCAAAUAUUUGUUAAUGAUUUUAUACAAUUUUAGGAAAGCAUUUUACAGUAUAUUUAUAUUAAUACGUACGUUCAUGUGCCUUAAUUCUGAAACAAAUCUAGUGCGAUCAAGUCCCCUCCCCUUUCCCAACCGUCAUUACUAAUUAUUAACAUUUAUAAAAAAAUGGAUAGUAUCUUCUUUAAUUCUGCGAACAUAGAAAAACUAUCAUGUACAGUAAAACGCAACUUAAAAACUGAAAUUGUUAUAUGCUUCUUGUGCAGAAUUAAAGUAUUACUGUAAUACGUCAAGUGUUGUUUUAGAAUUAAUUUACUCAUUGUAAAUGAUAGAUCUAAACAAUAUUCUAACACUAAUAGUACAAUAUCUACGCAUUUCUGUAAAUAAUAGUGCCUUGAUUAAGCCUAGAACAAAUAUUUUAUGUUCUUGUACUUUAUAUAUCUUUAUAAGGAAUAUUUAAAAUACAUUUCGCUAAUUACGCACAUCCAUUUGUAAUUUUAAUACUCCACAAUACCUUUUACUUUAAAGGUGACACUUAUGCUUAUUAAAGGUGAGAUGACACUUAUUGUGAGAUGAUAAAUAUUCAUAUAAGAUCUACGUAUAACGAUGACUCCUUGUUAUGCUAAUAAUCAAAGCCAUCUUUAUUCAAAACAAACCAGAUAUUGCGCGAUAAAAUGUCUUGAUUCUCGAUCAACAGAUUAUUUUGGGCUGUGUGACAUGUAAUAUGUAUCUAACAUAUUUCAGUGUAUAAUAAAUAUUAUACAUGCAUAUACGU